UGGCAACCCUAACCUUUGCGUCAUAACAUGAAAUUGAAAAUGAAAUGUAGCAGUUGUCAAAAUUUUUGUCCAAGACUGAAUGAAUCAACAGCUGUUUUACAUUUUUAUAUAUAUAAUUCAUUAAAACUGGGUAACGGACAGGUAGUUUUGUAUUCCUAUUUCAGGUCAUGGUAGAUUUUAUUAGACUUAGUGUUACAUUUGAACAUGAAACAAAGGGCUCGCUCAAUGCAAGGCGGCGAUGAUAUGGUGGCUUAUGCAAUGGGGAAGAAAGCAGACGACGGUGAUCACAGUGAGAUACAACUGCAUAGAAUAAAACCCCAAGACCAUUUUAUAGAAGCACAAGUCCAAGAAGGAGACACCUUACAAGCUAUUGCGUUGCGAUUCUAUUGUUCUAUAUCAGAGUUAAAACGAAUUAACCAUAUACACAAAGAUAAUGAAAUAUUUGCGAGGCGGACAAUAAAGGUACCUGUGACACCAUACUCUGUGCUGACAGAGCUCAUUCCAACACAGCCCUCAGAUCCUGCACCUACAGCAUCAAACACUACAUCACACACUGGUAUACAAGAACUGCUGAAUACUAAUCAUUUCAAUGGACUUAUAAAUCAAAAUAAUGUAUCGAUAAAUGCACCUCCCAAGGAGGAUUUACAGUGCUCCAUAGAUUGCAACAGUGUUGUUAUGAACAGCACUUUAGCGCCAUCUGUUGUCCCAUAUACGGACUCUGAGCAGAAUGAACAAGCAACAGAAGAUACUCAACUUUUGCCAAGCAAAGAGAAGAUAUCUGUUGAAGCAGUUGUGGUGAAGGAGUUGACUUCCCACGGAGCCGACUUUGGACUGAAAUGGUUCCAUUUAGUGUGCUGUAUGCUCAUUCUUGGUGUUGUGAUACCUCUUGUGUAUGUUAUGUUUUAUUUAGACAAACAUGAACAUUCAGAAACUGACCUUCCCCCAUUACACUCAAAUCGAUGACUGACUGAUACAUGAUCUGAUGGAAAAGCUUUAAGUUGUAAUGGUAUACAUUAUAAAUCAAUUUUAUAUAUCACUGUAAGGGAACACAAUGUGAUUCUUUUAAUAAAAUUUAUCAUUUAAGUACAUAUUCCAAACAUAUAUUAUUUUUUAUUUUUUUAAUAUUAUGAAAAAGUAUGCAAUACUAAAAAUGUUAUUAGACCACUUAUAUUUUCCUAUACCUUGGUACAGGAUAAUGUUCACAGAAUCAAAAGGUUGAACUAUUUACCAACAGUUAUCCUGUACAAUACUAUUAUUGUUAGAUAUUAUGUAUCAAUUUAUAUUGACAUGUUAAUUUUAGUGCUGAAUAAUGCUAAUAUUCUUGAUAAAAGAGUAUUACAAACUCAUUACUAUGUAUCAGUUCUUAAUAAAAAUACCUACUCUAUUUCUGUGAGACUACAUUAACAAAACUAGCAGAUAUAAAAAAAAAUAAAUUCAAAAACUAUAACUAUGGCACUUACAUUGAGUCUUGUCAAAAUUAAUUACCUACCUUUACAUAUUGAAAAUUAAGGCAGUUUGACAUUCAUUUUCAAAGAAAUGUAGAUUCGUGCACCAAACUCUAUUUCUUAUACAUAUACCUAUAACCCACAGUAACUAUCACUUAUUUUCAAACUAAUUAACGUGUCUCUGCCUCUGUGGCCAAGUGGUCGCAAGGGGUCUCUGGUUUGAUUCCCGGGUCGGGCAAAAGUAUUACUGGGCUUCUUAAAAAUUCUCAGUAGUAGCACGGAGUCUGGAAUUGUGCCCGGUAUAUGUUAAUAGGCUCACCCCCCUAUUACAUGGUACUCAUAACAUAAAUGGUGAAAAGUGGGUGUUACAUUGUACAGUGACAUAAUGUGCACCUCUGCCUACCCAUUCGGGGAUAAAGGGAUAAAAGGUGUUAUGAUAAUUAACGUGUCUUGUUGAUCAUUUUACUUAAAUUGCUAAAGUUUCUGUGUGUAUGUUUGCUACUUAAUCACGUCAAAACGACUGAAAGGAUAAGAUCAAGAUAAUAUUUGGAACAUGAAUAGAAUAUGGCCUGGAAUUACAUAUAGACCAUUUUAUAUGCCACGAGAAGGCGGGCUAGCAGACGUUAAUUCUAUGAAACCCAAGUAUCUGUUAUAUUAAUUUUCCAAAGUAGUUUCCAUCAUCAUCUCCUCCAGGAUCUGCUGGAAAUAAGCCCUAAUCUCUUCCCUGGCGCUUCAUGAUAGUAAUUCACCUAUAACAUCCAAGUUAUCAAUUUCCUACAUGUUAUACCUGUUUUAACUAACUGCAUCGUAACUCAUUACAAUUUUAGGAUUAGUUCAUGUCAAUCUUGCCAAGUUUCGUCCGCUGCUCGACUCCUACCGAUUGUAGCGUGAUGUUGUAUAGCCUAUAAUAGCCUUCCUCGAUAAAUGCACUAACCAACACAAAAAUAAUUAUUCAAUACGUACUAGUAGUUUCGGAGAUUUCAGCGUUAAAAAAAAACACUCUUAUAAUAAGUAUAAGUUAGAAGUAAAGAUUGACUCGAGAAUUACUCUAGAAGCUUUUUUUUAAGGGGGGAUUAUCAUCCAAUGACUGAUCCCGCCUGGGUGAGGCGGGAGUGUCAGACUCUUACUGACUAAAAACCACUCCGUUCCUUCUCCUUCGAGCUCCGCCCCGGUAACCCGUUAGGUUCUCCGACUCCGAAUGGGCAUCAGCCCUGUUGGGCCCCAACUGUGGUGGUCUGAUGGCUCUUUGAGGCGCGCGUGGAACGCGCUGCGCCGUACGCUCGGGUCUGGUUCUGGUCGGACGGGGAGCCACCUAUGCAUGCUCGCUGUCCGCCGGCCCGCGCUUACGGUGGCCGGGGAUCGUCCCGCGAUCCCCGACGCUCGGAGUGUCCUUCGCCAUGGCUGGGUUGCGAGCUCCUUAGCUAGCAUACUCUUAAAGCUUAUGUUAAUAAUUUAAUGGGAGACAGGAGCCCAUACCCGUGUUAUAUGGGUUUCCUGGCCAUUGCAUAUAAUUUUAAACAAAGUGCCUAAAUCAGUUCAGGGUUACUAAAUAAGAAAAUAAAAUAAAAUCACAAAAUAAACUAUUUAUUUGCCAUUUCUAUUUCUAUCACUUAAAAUACAUCGAUGUAACAAAUAAAUUGGUAAAUCCAUUGACACAAUCUCAGUUUAUUAAACUCUUUUAACAAUAUUAUUUUAAUAAUAAUGAUAAAUGCAUUCUUAAAUAGCUAAAACCCGACCAGUGAAAUAUUAUUAUAAGAUAUUACACUACAUUGCAAUUGUAUAGGUUAUUGCAAGAAAUUUGAGAUACAAUAUAGCAUUCUAUUUUCAUGAACACAGGCAAAUAAGAUCAAAGUAAUUACGUAACAAAUUCAUUCACGAAUUAUUAUCCUGGUAAGGCUUUGUCACUAUGUACAGAUUUAUAUAAAAUAAUGUGAGCCUCGCAAUACAAACUGUAUAAAAUUAAUGACGUGAUCUGAGGUGACUAAAGUAAAGCUUCAAUUAUGUGAUUGAUUCCACACUUGACGAUCGCGGCCGCAAUCAGAAGUUCCCGCGACCACCACCGAGAUUCGGGUUACUCUCGUGCACACUGUAAGAAUAAAGCAAAUGUUAAUUGAAUUAUUCAAAGUUAUAUCUACAAGAAAUAACAGUGCCUAUGGGGACUAAAAUAUGCAAAAUUAGUAUGAAAUGAAAACACUCUUUCAUCAUUUCUAUUAGUCCCAUUACUUUUGGAAGUAAGUUGUUAUAUUUUACAGAAACAAAAUACAGUUAGUACUAAUGGUUCAAAUCGAAAUAAAGACUUUCUAAAAUACUACAACUAUUGAUGUCUUCAUACAAAUUCACAAGAAUAACACACAAAGCACAAAAGAAAAUAGACAAUGUUAGUAUUACAGAGUACAGGAGCAACACGGAAGAUUAUCUUGAUCCGAAGAGUGAGCCAGUACUUUGUAGGGAGAUUAGUGAUUUCUUGUUACCCAAAUCAAAACAACAAAAUCACUAGUCUUCCAAACAACGUGUGGCCUGUGGCUGAAGCCCGUUAGUUGAUGAACCUAGAAAUGUUAAUCACCAAAGAAGUUAGUCACAAUGAGAUAUUAAAUGAGUUAGAAACAGACAGCUGUGAUGAGUGAUUGUAUAAAAGUGAAUACUUAAAUCUAAAAUCGAGAAUAAGUAUGUAAAGGUAUUACAGGAAUGGUAGGUACAUAUGUGAACACUCUCGAAAUGUCUACGCUCCCGCUACUAACAAGUGUGUGCAUUUUACCUGAGCGUCACAACAUCGACGUCACACAGUCAAAUCCGUUCAACAAUUUCUACUUAAUCUUAGUUUGGUUUGGUGCCAACUCAGGGAACUCUUCAAACAUUCUAUCGUCAAAACAAUAUUGUGUUAGUAAUAGUAUUGAACUUAUAGUAAAUGCUUGCUUCAGCCAAAUUAAAUGUUAACAGCACAUCAGCUCGUCUCGCAAUAUUAGCAAUGAUACAGUAUGGUAGAUAGCUAGUUAUUGGAAUUAAUGCCGACAUGCUUGUCAAUUAACUGGUACCUAUACAAUGACACACAGUAUUGAGAAAACAUGAUGAAAUGGUGAGCUUGUAUUAAAAUUGGAAAAUAUGAUUUACGUUAUUCAUCUUGUAAUCUCUGUGAUCAGGAAGUUGAUUCAGUCGGUUGUGUUCACUGGAGUACAGACACAAAGGGAAGGGACGGCGAGGUAUGAAGGUAGUGCAGUAACUGACCUCUGUUGCAGCAGGUACUGCGCCAUCUGUAUGCGCUGCUGUGUGCCCGUGAUGGUGAUGAUGCGGUCGCUGGAGCCGGGCAGUGGCUCCGCGAUCUCAAUGCCCGCACCGCUCUCCGCACGGAUCUUACGUAUGCGCGAGCCAGCCUUUCCUAUUAUCGCGCCAGCCAACUGGAACGGAAAUCAAUCUGUCACAUUCUAUGUUCGACCCACUUAGUAAACAUACAUAAUUAUUUAAAUCGUCAAGUUUAUAAAUAUCGUGUAAUGAAGUAGUAAAGUGUGAUACUAACAUCUUUGGGAAUAGUCACUUGUGUGGUGGUGUCCUGUUGGUUACCGCCGUUGUUACUAAAGUUGGCGGAGACUCCGCCCCCGCGGCCGCCGCCGAAGUUCCCUCCCCCGAAGCCCCCGCCACCUCCACUGUUGCCCCCGCCGCCACCGCCGCCGCCGCCGAAGGCACCGCGCGGUGGUCCACUGAAGCUAGCUCUAGGUCCAGGUCCACCGAAAUCAUUGAAGGCAGCUCUAGGUCCUCCAGGAGGUCCAUUGCGACCUAGUGGUGGUCCUCGUGGCGCUGGCCCCCGGCCUGCGGGCCCCAUGGGGGGCAUGCCGCGCGGGGGGCCUCGAGGAGGGCCGCGGGGCCCACCACGGGGACCGCCACCACCACCUCCUUGUCCGCUACCGAAACCUCCGUAUUCAUCCGCGUAGAAAUCAUCGUAAUUGUGAGGGUCGUAGUUUUGUACGGCGCCUUUAACGGGAACCUGCAAUUUUAUAGUGAAUAUAAAAUAUCGAAGAUCUUUCAAAAUUUCUAACCGCGAACGUCUGGACAGAAGAAAAUGAAGUCGAGGUACAAAACAAAUGUUUCUAGAGGUUUAUUGACUGUAUAACUAAGUAAAUAAUUAAUAAAAAGUUAAAAUUUACCUGUCGGAUGAGAUCGAGCACCUCCUUGAUCCCGGCGGCAACAGCUUCAGGUUUGCCCACCAGCUGCACCACUCGCUCCGUGCUCUGUGGCGCGGGGUUCGAGAAUAUCUUUAGACGAGCUCCCGUUUUCUGUAAACGACGCACAUUUCAUCAACUAAUUUUAUUUAAACCCACGAAUUAUUACAAUUAUAAAUGUUCAAUAUUAUACGAUAAUACAACCACCAAAUUCAAAUAAAGAGGAUUUUGCUUGGUAUUUGUUUAAGGAACGAGUCGCCAGACUCACUCGGUCAAUUGGUUAUAAAUUAAUGGUAACCUAAUUUCAAGCGAGGCUAAUCCAACGCCCUAAUUCCAAAACAAAUUACAUAACGCAGACAGUUAAGUUCGGUUGUUUACGGCAAUCUGUCGCGACAUAGUCAGGGUGUUGUGAAGUGGCAUGAGAAAUCGAUGUGUGAUCAAUUACCGAUAUUAGAUAAGGUGAGGUACGUGCGGUGCGUGGUCCGGCACCAGUGUGGUGCCGGUGACGUUUGACAGGCGGCGCGCGGGGCGCACGCGCGGCACCAUCGACCCGCGCACGUGGCCGCCGCGCGCCCCCGCGCCCCCGCCGCGCCCCCACGCACAAACAACCGCCCGACCUCGCCGGAACCCGCCCUCCGCACAUGCGAGCCACGCACACCGACGACGCACCGCCUACUAUGGACCAUCGUUAUUCAAUACUGACGCGCCUCAAUUUAACCACUUCACAAUUGUUUUAAAUUAAACACUACACUGUAUCUAUGUUUCAUUAACAUUUAUUUAAACUCGAUUUUUUUCUUUUUAUAUCACACGAAUUAAUUUAUGAAACGGCGCACGAUCUAAGUCGCGCUCGUGUAUUCCGCGGUGUAACGCCAAGAGCGGGCGGAGCGAGCAUCCCUCGAGGGUGGUCGGGCGCGGACUGAGCAGGCGAGUGGCGGCGCGUGCAACACCUGCCCGACUCCCCUCCAUGCACUUGUGGGGCUCCGAGGAAAGCUCACACGCGCCACGCCUACCACAUGCCACUACCGAGUAAUGGACACACAGAAACCCCACUCCAAACAACACAUAUACAACUCAAUUUAUCAAAGUUCACAAUUUUACUCCAGUAUGUGAUACGAGUGUUUGUGGCUGGCAUCUCUCAGAAUUACUUUCAAAAUUGACCUUUGUUGUGGAGGUUCGAAAUAUUAAAGCCUUCUGUAUGAAAUUCAAGUAAAACUUAUUCAUUUCAGCAUUCAUCACAAAGCACUUCUGAUCCUUGUCACGAACGGGAGUCCGAGCCGUCAUUCAGUACGAAAAGGAUCCGUUAGCGAGACGUCCGCGACAUAAUUUAUCAGUAUACUCUGAGCUUAUAUCCCGUGGGGGACCGCUACAACAACAACACACAUACCCGCUCCGUGACUAGAUUUUCAAACUUUUACUGAAGCAGUAACAGCAUAAAGUUGACUAUAAAUCAUAAACAUGCCAGGCUAAUAUUUCACCAUACUGUACUACACCUACAAUCAAUCACAAACUUCGCGCGUCUAACCAUAAAAGCUGCAAAUAUUUGAACACAAUUUGUCUUGAUCAAAUCGAAGUUCCUUUUGCAGCGAAGUUAAACUGCGAUCCGUUAGGUAAGGAGGAGGAUGCUAACUUCGCUUCAACGUCUAAGAAUGAUUCUUAUCUUCUUAUUCUUUCAUCAUCUGUUUAUCAAAUCAUAUUUAUAAGAUCGUAUUUUUUAAUUUCGUCUUGUCAUAUUAUGCUCUGUACAGACUUCAAAUUCAAAACACGGAGCAACAACCCUCUAUUGAUCACUUGUGGUAUUGAUCCAUGCGCUGAAAUUAUACCUGUUGCUUAUGUUUCCAGUUUGUUUCGUCAUGACAUUCCCAAAGGUAGGUGAACCAUCCAUAAUACUAAAAUAAUGGUUAUUUCAAAAGUAAAUAGGAUGACAAAAGAUAAUUUUAUGUGUAACAAAGAAGCCCUACGUGGUCCGGUUCGGUGUGGUUCGAUCGGAAACGGAAGCGGCUAGCUCGCGUGCUGCCGUAAUUGUCGGGGACACCGCAGCCCGGUGUCGCCCGCGCCUAAUUACACCGACGACAUAUGCACGCCGCGCGCCGGCUGCUAUCUGUUAUUCGUCUAACUGUAAAUAUACAACUGUAGUACACCUGAAAGCUACCACUAGCCACUACAUUCUGCCCUCUGCCUACUUCAACCCUCAAUUAUAGUGCCUUAAUUGUAGAGUCAUUGUUACAUUUGAACAUAUCCGCUGCAAUGUUUUAUGGUAUACGUAACGAGGAUGUGAAGGAGGUUCACAAAAAGUUUCCUGCGUCACGUGCGCGUAGCUCCGGUAACCCAACGCCGGCGCCGCGCGCUUCCGACGGAUGAAACCCUACAUGUGAUAUUACCCUUCGGCUAGUUCACAGCUCUGCGUGAACUCAACCGUGAUUUCAUCACAAGUAGCACGGUCUUAACAAAACGUUUUGUUUCCACUUCAAAGUUUAAUGAGAAGCCAAACGUUCCAAUGUUUACGUAACCAAGAAAUUAGACGGGAGUUGAACAGAUGUAAGUCUGUUCGUAGCUAGGAUCGGAAACUUCAACGGGUAACGUUUAAAUUGAAAUAAAUCUGUUUUCACUGUUGCAUUAAAGUGAGAACUUGUACGAAGUUUACCUGCGUGAAUUGAGUGAUACAAAGAUAGGAGAGGCGGAUGCGGCACCAUAUGUUCGAAAUUUCUAUUUAUGUAAGAAAAGAGGCCUCCGAGGGGCGAGGAGCAUUGUGCAAGUAGGUAAGCUGGGUGAAGCCCAGGUGCGCGCGAGCUUUUUGUGAGGCCUUCCGGCGGCUGUGCGCGCACCUGCCGCGACACCGCGCGCCGCCAGCUGCCGCCCGCGCACGCGCCGCCGCGACGGCCACACUAAGAAAAGUGCUGCCCUAGGUACACUUGAUAUUACAGUCAGGUCGGUAAACUCCUAUUAAUACUAGCAACAGCGCAAGCCGGUUCACUUGCGCUUUGAAUAGCACUAAUAAUAAAAGCCCUUCGCGAAAAUACAAUGUUUCCUUUGUCAUGUUAAAGACAUUCAACUAUUUUUUAUGUAGCCCGAAUUUCCUUUGGAUUACAUUUAUUCUUUGUGUGAUAAAGAAUUAUGUCUUGUUAAAUUGAGGCCGAAACGUAAACUGAACAAAGGAUUUGCGAGAACAGCUGAUCGAAUAAAAAAAUCAAAAGGGAGCAAAAUGGACUCAGGUAGAUCUCGACAUGAUCAACGUAUUAAAUUGUUUCCGGAGAACACAGAUGCUUUGGGAAUAUUGUUCACUGAAGAAAGACCAGCUUCUAAAAUAAAUUCCAAGUGGCUACGAGACAACGUGCUACGAGUCCACGAUCAGGCACGUCCCUGGCAUCAACCUUCGUUACUCAAAUCUCCAGACAAACACUGACUAACAAGCUCGAGUUAUGAAAUGCAACACCGCUAAUAGCUAGAUUGCAAAGUUGUCGGCGUCCCGUCCAGACAACGUUGGCACGUACACGUUUAUAACUUCCAGCAAAGUUGCUCGAGUGGUAAUUGAUCCAGCGCGAUGCACUCUCCGUUAUGCAGACUCUUUGCCUUGUUUGUUCGACUUGUCGACGAAUUAUGACGUCUACUGUCCUAGCUUUGUCGAGGGUACAUUUUAAAGUUCCUUAAUUGUUUGCAACGUUGUUCGUAAUUCAAUCUAAAAUAGUUUUUGAACAAGGACUCUACUACGGUUUGUUGCUAACAUUACAAAUUUUAAAAAUAUAGAGAUAAAGGUCGGGGAAUUCAAAGCCGCAGCUGCUUUCACAUCUGCCUUGAUGGCUAUGCACCGGCACCACGUGGCAUGAAUGCCAUCGCUGUACGAUAAAAAAAUCCUUAAAUAUAACUGCACCUUCGCCUGGCAGAUGACUGCUAACAAGUCGUUAAAGCUCGUCGCAUCUGCCACCUCAAUUAUUGUUUUAGAUAACGGGAUCCAGUUAAUCGAAUAAGAUUGGUGAUGAUAGUAAUACAUAGGAUAACAUACAAACGGAAAUCGAAAACUAUUGUAACCGCGUGUAAUUGCAUGCAUGCGUGCACUUUAUAACACGCGCGAGGUGCUAGCAAAGUUUAUCAACAUUUUGUUCUUGUUGGAAUGGAUCAGUGGAGAGAAAGACAUUCUUCUAGUGACGAUGUAAGUACCUGUAAUAUUUUUGUUAUUCAAACGAUAACUCACCUCUCGCAGCUCUUUUAUCUUGGCGCCUGCUUUGCCGAUGACGCAGCCAGCACGACUCUGGUGUAUCAGUAGACGGACGUCUAAAUCUUCGACGUUCUUCACACCUCCUCCCUAGUUAUAAAUAUCUAAAUCAGUACCUCUUCUAGUUUUACUUCAAAGUUUUGCAAUUAGUUGGUAUUAUCAUGAAUUCAUAACUCACCUUGUACUUAAUAAGUUUCUACGAAUUAAACAUAAAACUGUAGUUGGAAGGUUAUUUCUACGUAAGUAGUUUUUGAAACUUGGUAUCGCAUGCAGAACUUUAAUCACAUAUUAUGUAAUACUCACAUCAGCUAAACAUGGUAAUAUUUCUUUUACGAUUUCCAGAAUGGUGUCGACAUCCGGCGCUGUUAUCGAUAGUACCCUGAAACAUAAGCAUCGUUAACGCCACUAUUUGCGCAGCAACCGAUAUAAAUCACAGCACAAUAUUAACAACGGUACAGACAUAUCAACGGUCAGGGAGGUCUGGACUCAAAGUAAUCUGAAGCAUGAUGGCGAUGAAACUUAUGUCUGUACGUGUCGUACUCAGUAAGUAGCUGCCUUCCAGAGCGGACAGAAGUAAGUCGAGUGAAAGGAUCAGUCCUAAGGGAACAGACUUGUAGCGGCUAAUGAGCGAGAUGCAAGGACACUGAGGUCGUGAAAGUAAGAUCAGAAGGCGUCCAGUGCGACUCAGUGCAAUCCUGCGGAUGUGAUGAGGACGGGAGCUCGAAAUACGGAGUAAAGCGCCUAACGCCGGGAGCUAAUGAUUAUUUUUUAGAUUCCGACUCCUGACUGUUGACGAGUAGAGCAUAAGACCUCGACUCGGGCUGUAUUAAGUUUUGAGAGUACAUGUUGGCGAUAUAGUUUACCGUUCGGGGCCGGGGCAAUCUGGGACUGUUAUAGAGGCUUUGUACUGCGUGGCGGGGCGGCGGGUGCGGGGCAGCGGCGUCCGGCGGGGCGGGACCGGCAACCAAGACACGCUGUAGCGGCGCGCCCCGCGACUACACUCAGCCCUGAGCGCGCCUUCGACCAAGCUCAACUCCACCAGCAAUUGACUUAUAAUGGUGGUACAUGAUUAGGACGAGGACGAGUUGAACGUGGUCAAAGACGGCGGUAUGAGUGUAGACGCGCGGCGCGUCGCGCUACUAGCCACAGGGGCGUCUCGGGGGCGCUAAUGACCUGCAAACUGGCUGCCGGGGGGUUAUUCUGUCUAUAAUAAGUCUACGGACUCGCCGCUGUCGCAAGACUCGAUGCCGAGAUAAACUAUCGAAUCUUACUUUCUUCUUCAUUCUUAUAAGUUCUCUUUGUUAUCUACAUGACAGACUAGAAUAGCGUAUAUCAUAGUUGAAGCGUAGUAAAUACGGAUCUGACAGGUUUUUGUAUUACCCAUUAGAAGCACAGAGCAGUACAGUUUUUAGAUUUUAUAAGAUUGGUAGACGUACCUGUGGCGAGAAAAUUGUUAAAAGUUAAUAAAUUAACUAAAUAUAGUGACAUUCAGAUAGGCAUACAAUAAAACAAAAAUGCGAAUUUCAACUUAAUGGAAUAACAAAAACUUAAAAAAUUGGUCUAAACUAACUUUAAUCAAAUACAUAGUAAAUACCUGCUAUUGCUUGAAAGCUUACGAAAAUACAUUAAUACUGAACGAAACACUAGAUUAGAGUACAUAUACGUACUGGAUACUUUGAUAUUUCAAGCAAUUAUCGAGACUACUGGUAACAUUCCACUACUUACUGGACGUGUAGCGGUGGACGUUAUAGUAAAUACUGACCUGAUUCCUUAGCUUGGAAAUAUUUGCGCCGCCCUUCCCGAUGAUGGAGCCCGCCACCUGAUAACAGUGGAAACGUUACGGAUAUGUUCACACACCACAAAAAAUCCUAAUUGUUUCUCGAACAUGUUUUAUUUCGAAUUAAAAUUAGUUCCAGUUUUUAACAUAUUUUGUAAAAUUAAUUAGGAAUGUUCACUGUGUAUGGAAAGGAAACAUCCAUUUAAUCUAACAGUUAACUUAGAUAAUACAAAGUUUAGUUAGUAGUAGGAUCACUAACAUAAGCUUCACUAGAAUAGUACUAGAGGUUCCAUACAGAAAUAUAAAUCAGGUCCAAAUAACGAAUCCACAAGUGGAUAUAUCAGCCUUUACAACUAGCUUAUAAUGGUAAUACACGAGCAUAUCGUACACACAAAUUGAGCGAACUGCAACCUUACAGGCAUGAAUUGAUUUUAUACAAUUUUAAUGAUAGCGCCGGUGCGAGAGGGUUGGCUUACAGCAAGCCAACUGUAAAUUUGACACGAAAUCCUGUUUGAGACCUGGGUAUUAUACUUUGCUGUUCAGCAAUUACAAAAUUGAAUUGUAUUUUUAUUUUUGCAUUAAUUUUUACCGGUGGGAAGGUGGAGUUUUCUGCUAUAUUGUUCAAGUUGAGACAAUGAAGUCUUUGUCGAGUCUUUUGCUAGGCUUCCGUGGCAGAACCAUGUUGAAAUUUAAAUGAACACAAUUAACUUACCUUGCUCGGUAUGAGAAAGGUGACUUCGUCGUCAGUAUUGCGUUGCCGUUUCUGCAUGGGGCCGCCGUCAUCGCCAUACCCAUCCCGCUUCAUUUUA